CGACAUAAUACCAGAAAGACAGCGUCGCACAUUCACCAAAAUGGUUCUCCAAGAUCUUGGGCGGCGCAUUAAUGCGGCAGUCAGUGACCUGACGAGGUCAAGUAACCUCGAUGAGAAGGCAUUUGAAGGCAUGAUCAAAGAGAUCUGCUCAGCUCUCCUCGAAGCGGACGUUAACGUAAAACUGGUUGGAAAUCUACGAAAAUCGAUCAAAGCCUCUGUCAAUUUCAAAGAACUUGCGCCAGGUGUGAAUAAGAAACGACUCAUUCAAAAGGCUGUCUUUGACGAACUGGUCAAACUCGUCGAUCCUCAUGCCGAACCGUUCAAACCUAAAAAAGGGAAACCAAAUGUUAUUAUGUUUGUUGGACUACAGGGUGCAGGAAAGACGACGACAUGUACGAAACUGGCCAGACAUUAUCAAUCGAGAGGAUUCAAGGCGUGUUUAGUUUGUGCCGAUACCUUCCGAGCUGGCGCUUUCGAUCAGCUAAAGCAGAAUGCGACCAAGGCGAAGAUUCCGUAUUAUGGUUCCCUAACUCAGACUGACCCAGCGGUUGUGGCCAAGGAAGGCGUGGAGAAGUUUAAGAAGGAGAGAUUUGAGAUUAUUAUUGUGGACACAUCUGGUCGACAUCGACAAGAAGAUGCCCUGUUCCAGGAGAUGGUGGAUAUUCAGAACGCUGUCAAGCCAGACCAGACGAUCAUGGUUAUGGAUGCCAGUAUUGGACAGCAAGCGGAGGCCCAAAGUAAAGCUUUCAAGGAGACGGCGGAUUUUGGUGCCAUCAUCAUCACCAAAACAGAUGGACAUGCCAGUGGCGGAGGAGCAAUUUCAGCAGUUGCAGCAACCCACACUCCCAUCGUGUUUAUUGGAACUGGAGAACACAUGUUGGAUCUGGAACGAUUUGCCCCACAACAGUUCGUUCAAAAACUGCUUGGAAUGGGAGAUAUGCAAGGACUUGUCGAGCAUGUUCAAUCACUCAAACUUGACCAAAAAGAUACGAUGAAGCACAUCGCCGAAGGUGUUUUCACGGUGCGGGAUCUACGGGAUCAGCUUUCCAAUAUCAUGAAGAUGGGACCUUUAUCGAAAAUGGCCGGCAUGAUUCCGGGUAUGAGUGGAAUGAUGCAAGGCAUGGACGACGAAGAAGGCUCCAUGAAGCUCAAGCGAAUGAUUUACAUUUGCGACUCCAUGACCACGAAGGAAUUGGAUAGUGAUGGCAAGAUGUUUAUCGAGCAGCCUACUCGCAUGACCAGAAUAGCUUACGGCAGUGGAACGAGUGUUCGGGAGGUGGAAGAUCUGCUUACCCAACACAAGAUGAUGGCUGGUAUGGCGAAGAAGAUGGGUGGAAACAUGAAGAAUAUCCAGAGGGCGCAAGGAGCAAUGGGUGGUGGGAACAAGCAGCAACAAAUGGCCGCGAUGCAAAAGCGCUUGGCAAGUAUGGGCGGCGCUGGUGGAGCUGGUGGUGGAAUGCCAGACAUGGGCUCGCUGAUGAAGAUGUUGGGCGGCGGAGGUGCGCCAGGGGGUAUGGAUAUGAAUGCUAUGAUGAAGCAGAUGGGUGGUAUGAUGCCGGGCAUGGGAGGUGCUGGGAGAGGGCGAAGGUAGCAACUCGCUGUUCGAACAUCUGAGAUUUACAGGACGGGCAUAUAGCGCGGCGUUUGGGCUCGAGUGGAUCACAAGAUUAGAUAUAUCGACCAGGGAAGACGUCACAGACGAAUAUAUCCCAAUGUUCUCGAUCCUACCGGUACUUCUUUCGUGUCGAUUCAAGGUAUGGCGAAGCUGCAUGGCUUAGGUGAGCUCGGUGCCAGUGGAACGAACGUGCCCACUAUUUGCUUCUUGCGGCCUCUCCUUUAUUGGCUUUUCAGCAUUCCAAGGUAGCUUACUUUGAGAUUCGCCCCAAACGCUCAAGUUUUCCUUGAUGUGGUUCUAAUUAAAUAUCCC